UCUCCUGAACCUUCACAGAUUUCAGCUAUCACAGCCGGUGUGUGUGUGUUGUUUGUGUGUUACUUGUGCAAUCAGCAGCUGGCUGGCUUCUCCUGGCAGCAAGCGAGGGGCUGCCUUGCCUUAUCUCCGGCCUGUUAUAAAUAGCCUGGCGCAUGCCUAGAGGGCAGCACAGAAUGGGGUCUCUUCAGGAGUGAUCUGGGAAGGCAAAGGGAGGCCCAGAAACCCCCUGGCUGGUCGGGGUGUUGCAAGAACCGUUUGAGGAGGGAGCCAAAGUUCAAAAAAAGCAAGAGGGACACACAUUUGACUGCACAUUUUCCAAGUCAGAACCAGCAAGGACACCAGGAUGACACAGAAAGUAGGAAAGAGCCUGAAAGAAAAAGUGGCCCUAAAGAACAAUUUGCUGAAGGAAGCGCUGGCCGAACUCUUGGGGACCUUCAUCUUGAUUGCGCUGGGCUGUGGCUGCGUGGCACAAACCGUUCUGAGUAGGGGGACCCUGGGAGGAGCACUGAUGAUCUCUGUUGGCUUUGCCAUGGCCGUCACCCUGGCCGUCUAUGUGGCAGGAGGCAUCUCUGGUGGUCACAUCAAUCCAGCCGUCUCCUUCGCCAUGUGCCUGACUGGGAAGAUGAAAUGGGCCAAAUUCCCCGUUUAUGUCCUGGCCCAGUAUCUGGGUGCCUUUCUUGGAUCUGCUGUGGUCUUUGGAAUCAACUAUGAUGCUCUCAUCUUCUACACGGAUGGCAUCUUCACCGUCACAGGGCCCAACGCCACAGCACACAUUUUUGCAACAUAUCCUCAGGAAUAUUUGUCCCUGACCAAUGGCUUCGCAGACCAGAUGAUGUCCACGGCCUUUCUGAUCCUGGGGGUCUUUGCCAUCUUUGACACGGACAACCUGGGGGUCCCGAAAGGGCUGGAGCCCAUUGCCAUCGGCCUCCUCAUCAUACUGCUGACCUCCUCCAUGGCCCUGAACAGCGGCUGCGCCAUGAACCCUGCCCGAGAUUUGGGCCCCCGCCUCUUCACCUACCUGGCAGGGUGGGGGCCCGAAGUCUUCACAGCUGGCAAUAACUGGUGGUGGGUCCCCAUCGCCGGCCCCAUGGUCGGGGCAGCCUUGGGAGCUGCCACCUACAUGCUCUUCAUUGAGGUCCACCACUUCCCCCUGUCCCCCUGCCAGAAGACAGCCACGGACGCCCUCCACGAACAUGAACUGACCCACCUGGAGGAGGGGAAGUAGGGCCCAAUGAAGCUCCCAGUCCCCCACCACCAGAGGACCCAUAGCCCACAGGAAAGCCACAGGUGGCAGGAGGUCAAAAUAGCCUCUCACCACAAACCCUCAAGAAAGUUACUUUUAAAUCAGAAAAUGAUUCAUUGACCUUUUGCUUGCCUCUGCUCCAUCUCCCCUCCUUCCCCAGGUCUUCAGUCUCCAUUCCCUCCAAACAACAAAGAGUGUCUGGCAAAACCCCAGGCAGCGCUUUGUCCUCCUGGGUGCCUCCAGUGCCGGGCCAGGGCCCCCUUGAGCAGCUAGCAGAGCCGUUUUCACACCUGAGUUCAAAAACCACCUUUAGCUUCAAUCUGGGCAGCCAGAAGAGAGCAGCACCCAGAACCACUCAGCUCUUCUGGGCACUGAGGUUCCCCCAAAGGGGCUUCCCAGAGAAUGGCGCUUCCUGAGCUGUUGCAAACCAUUCUUGCUGCCCAGAGAAUGGCAUUUCUGAACAGGUGGGGGGGGGGCUUGUGGAAGAGCAGGCUGCCUAGCAGGUCCCUCCACUGCCUUCUCCCCAGCAGCAGCCCAGCAGAGUUGCCAACAAAGCCGCAACCUUGACCCAGGUGUGGGAGGAUGCAUGUUUUGGAGCUCUGCAGCUAAGUCAAAGGGGCCCCAGCCAGAGAAGCCCGAGGCAGAGGAGUUGGGGGGUGGGGGCUGUGAGCAACAGCAGCAGCAGAGAAAUCCCAGAAGGGACUCCAGACAGAAAGAAGCUCUGAGGUGGACUAGUGGAGAGCAUAGUUUAGAGGAAAUCGUAGUAGAAUAAUAGGGAGUAGCAAUAGUAGCAAUUGAGUAGUAUGGAGUAUAACAUAUUGAAUAGUAAUGAAUAUAAGCAUUGUCAGGGUAUGUUGUAAUAGUGAUUAUCAUAGAAACAGUAUAAGAAAGCAAUAAAAUGGAAUAUAGGAAGUCAUAUCACUUUUAUACAUUUGUUUUUACAAAAUAAAACCGCUUCCCAACCUUUAUAUACCAGAGACAUACAGAAGCCCCCACUCCAGGAUCCAGGGCUUUAGUGUCUCUUGUGGGUCAAUGAAUUGGCUAUAAUUUAAAAAAGAACCCUCUCUUGCUUAUGAUCUCACACACACAGACAACACAGCAUUUGGCAGGACCCCCAAAGGAACAGAUCUAGAGCCCCCUCCCCGCCCCCAGGCCAGCCAUCUCUUUCUUGUCAAGCCAAUGGAGCAGUUCUGACUUCAGCAAAGGUGCUGAACGCUGGAUUCGAACUGGCUUCUUUGACUGUCUCCAGCCCCAGUGUGCAAUUCUGCCUUGUUCCAGAGGGACAUCCAGAGGGACGGUGAAUAAAGAACAUUUUCUCCCAA